AUGCCCCCCUUUUCCGCACCCCCCUGGUUAAGACGAAAGAUGAAAAUUCCCCUGGGCUCUGUGCGCCCAUUCAACACGUACAACAUCCCGUCCAUUAUCAACAACACAAAGGUGCACAGAACAUAUAGAGAAAACCGCAAACGAAAUGAAGACGAUUUGAUGAAAAUUUACAACAAGGAGUUGGUGGCAUUCCCAUACGACGAGGAACGAUUUAAUAAGCUGCUAAAUAUUCCUGCCACGGUGAGAAAAAAAAAUGUGGCCGAUUUUUUCUUCAACCCAGACAUGUAUAUCAAUGUGAAGAACGACAGGUUAAUGAAUGUUACCCCUUCCCAUUUUGCCAUUGAAAAUUUGGAUAAAUGCUUCCUCUUCGAGAAGGAGCACUUGGACGGUUUUUUCCCUGAGGGCCUUGCGGGGGAAUUACCCAAGGAUAUCCUAAUGCACGGUGGGGGGAGCAGCGAUCGGGAGAGCAGUACACAAGCCAAAGGGAAGGAGACCUCCAUCCCCGAUGGUGACCACCAAUAUGAUAACCUUGACUUAUUUUUGAACGAACUGGAAAAGAACCACAUCGUGCCAGAUGAACGGUUGAUAAGGAAUGCGGAAAAUUUGAAGGGAGUAGGACUGCUGUUCAGAAAAUUGGCGUACGAAAUUGUAGACGAGAUGAAACACUUUGAGGGGAAUUACAAACUGUGCAAACGGAGAGAUUCCUACAAACUGGAUAGCUAUUUCGCGCAAAAAGGUGAAUGCACUAGUUACUACGAUGGUGGUGUUGCGAAUGAGGAAUCAACUGAGGGAGCAUACAGUAGAGGGAACAACUACAACGGGGUGUCUUACAAAAGUAGAAGCUUCCUAAUAGACGGAAAGAGGGGAACAGGAAAGAGCUGCAUCCUAAACACCAUAGUCCUCUGGGCGAAGCUAAACCAAUGGUUUGUUAUCUUCGUCCCAGAUUUAAAAAAAUACAAAUUUGACAUUAACACUAUUGUGAGGAGCAAUACGAACUUGUAUAUUCAGCCAGAACUGAGCAGACAAUUUUUGGAAGAUAUAGUAAAAACAAAUGAAGCCUUUUUAAAAAAAUUAAAAGUGGAUAAAAGAAUUCUGGAAAAUACCUGCCUAGAUGGAACACAUUUAUUGUACAAUAAAAAAAUUUAUGAUGAGAUUAUCAGAAAAACGAUCGAUGCGGAAGUAGCAAAUGAUGAAGAAAAUUAUAAUGCCCUAACUGAAAGGGAAAAAAAUUUGUACAGGCAAAAAUUGUACAAAUUUUACUACGACAAUGUGAAAAUACCAAACCUUUUGGAUAAAUUUUCUGUGCCCCCAAAUCUGUUAGAAUUGGCAAACAUUGGUAUAAAUAAUGUGUCAUAUGCUAACCUCUGCAUCUAUGCAUUGUUUGAACAUUUGAAGAGACAAACUGAAUUCCCCCUCCUGAUUGCUGUGGAUCAGUUCAACUUCAACCUCAGCGUCUCAGAAUAUCUUUCCAUAAAUUUUGAAAAUACAAAAUAUAAUGGAUACAUUCCUACGUACUAUUUUACUAUUCCUAAAUUACUACUCAAAUGGGACGCCAAUAAAUAUAAAAGGUGCGUUAAAAUUGUUUCCACCUGUUGGGAUAGGGAAAAUAGGAGAAAUUUCAGACCAGAAUUGCUGGGCAUACACAAAAGGGACGUUAAAACCGCUCGUAAUUUCACCCUGCGUGAGUUUAAGAAUUACGUUUCCCAUUUGUACAACCAGAACGUAAUAUACAAUUUCGAUGUGAACAAGUUGGAAUACUUCUACAUGCUCACAGGAGGAAAUGGUUUUCAGGCGAGAAAGCUCUUAACCACGUUGUACUGA